AUGCCAUUUUCGAGAGUCAAAGCCUUCUUCCAGAGGUUCUGGUUGGACGAAAUGGAAAUGGGAAGUUAUACACAUAGCAGCUUUUUGUCUAGUGAUCUUUUACCGUCUCUAGGCGCUCAAAUAAACCAGGAAACUAAACUCCGAAAAUACGUAAUCUAUCCGUUCAAUCCUAAGUAUAGGGUUUGGGAGUUGUUGUUGGUUGUUCUAGUCAUAUACUCAGCUUGGAUAUGCCCCUUUGAGUUCGCCUUUCUGACUUAUAAGCAAAAUGGAUUAUUCAUCAUAGACAACAUUGUCAAUGGCUUCUUCGCCAUCGACAUUGUGCUUACAUUCUUCGUCGCAUACCACGACAGCCAUUCGUAUCUUCUCAUUGAUGAUCCAAAGAAAAUUGCAAUCAGUUACUUAUCCACCUGGUUUGCUUUGGAUAUCUGCUCCACAGCACCACUCGAGACCAUUAGCCUCCUCUUCACUAACUAUAACAGUGAGCUUGGUUUCAAACUUCUUAACAUGUUGCGAUUAUGGCGCUUGAGACGAGUCAGUUCUCUGUUUGCCAGACUCGAAAAGGACAUUCGCUUCAACUACUUCUGGGUUAGGUGCACAAAGCUCACUGCUGUAACCUUGUUUGCAGUGCACUGUGCAGGAUGCGUUAACUAUCUCAUUGCAGAUAGGUACCCUGAUUCCAAGAGAACUUGGAUAGGUGCUAUGUUCCCGAAUUUUAAACAAGAAAGUCUUUGGGACCGAUAUGUAACUUCGAUAUACUGGUCCAUUGUCACGCUUACUACGACUGGCUAUGGAGACUUACACGCAGAGAACACCAUAGAGAUGUUGUUUGAUAUCGCUUAUAUGUUGUUCAACUUGGGUUUAACGUCAUACAUAAUUGGAAACAUGACUAACCUUGUAGUUCACUGGACCAGCCGCACUCGAAAUUUUAGAGAUACCGUCAAAGCAGCUUCGGAGUUUGCUUCAAGAAAUCAUCUGCCACAUCGUGUACACAAUCAAAUGUUGGCACACAUAUGUCUGAGAUUUAAAACAGAAGGACUGAAGCAGCAAGAAGCGUUAAAUGAUCUUCCGAAAGCAAUUCGUUCAAGCAUAGCGCACCAUCUGUAUUUUCCUGCCGUGCAGAAGGUCUACCUCUUCCAAGGAGUCUCUCAUGAUUUCCUUUUCCAACUGGUUUCAGAAAUGGAAGCAGAAUACUUUCCACCUACCGAAGAUGUGAUACUGCAAAACGAGUCUCCAACGGACCUUUAUAUACUGGUUACAGGAGCAGUGAAUUUCGUUCACUACAACGAUGGGAAUGAUCAGGUGGUUCUUGGCAAGGCAACUGCAGUAGAUACAUUUGGAGAGUUCGGAGUUUUGUAUCAUGUACUACAGCCAUUCACCGUUCGUACCACGGAACUUUCUCAGAUUUUAAGAGUCAACAAAACAUGUUUAAUGAAUGUUUUACAAGCAAAUCCAGGAGAUGCACAGAUUAUAAUGAAUAACUUAUUAACGAGAUUAAAGGGGCAUGAAGGAUUCGGCGUUGAAUAUCCACAUACAGAUCAUGGAUUGAUUCUACAUGAACUGCUUAAUGGAGGUAACACGAUAGAAUCCUCUCCUCACGAGCGUACAAAUAAUUCAUAUGGCCAUUCAUUAAUGCAUGAAGGAGAGCACAUAAAUAUCAGAGAUUCGCAGAAUAAUUUGCAUACAGUGACUAAUGAUGUUCAUUUAGUCGCUAAUAACAUGAUACCUGAGGACGGCAAAAGUGAUCUUCACCAUGCUCCUGUGCUGCCUCUGCAUAAGGGGAAACUUGACAUCGUUGAAAUUCUGCUUGAAAGAGAUGCAAAAGCAAAGAACCCGAAUAACAUAGGGUGGACACAGAAAGCUCAAACACAACAGUUUAAAAACAAGAGCGCUUCUGAACAUACGAUGAAUUGUGAAAGCGGGAAGAAAUCAAAUGAACAUAGAAUAGAGAUUAUUGAGCCGCAAGUUCUUAAACUUGGCAGGAAUAGCUCAACCAGAAACAGUAAACAGGAUGGUAUCAGAACUAAUAACUUCCCAUUAGAGAAAGUAUACACAAAUUCCAAUUCAAGAAAUUCCAAUUGUCAGGGAGAAAUAGAUAUGGCAAGGUUCGCCAAGAAGAGGGUAACAAUCCAUUCACCAAGUGGAUGGAGAAGUAGCUCGCAUGAGCAACACGGAAAACUGAUAAUCCUACCUGAUUCAUUAGAAGAGUUGCUCAAAAUUGCUGGUGAAAAAUUUGGCAGCUUCAGAGCCAUAAAAGUAGUUAAUAAAGAGAAUGCAGAGAUAGACGACAUUGAUGUCAUUCGAGAUGGUGACCAUCUCUUUCUUCUAGGCAACGAUAGUGACAAUUUGAGUACAUGA